CAGGCUGAUUGGAAAAUGAACAGAUAUGCAGGCAGAUACCGAUCGCUUGCUUCUUCUUGGUCUUUCACCAUAAUUUUUGGUGUCUUCUUUCUUGACGUAUCCUAGCACGACCUCCAGGAACGGAUAAACAACCCCGGCUUAUAUUCCGGCCAGGGAAUGCGGGAGGGGAUGCAAGGAUACGAAGAUGUGUGACAGGAGUGACAACCUCCAGGUGCAAGGGCCCACCGAAGAAUCCAAACCCGAUCACCGUCAGAAGCUUUCCUUGCAGCUCCCUCUUAUUCCACGAGACACUGACACCCUCAUCAUUCAAAACGACACUCCCUCCGACGCAGAGUGGGCUAUCCUAGGCCUUCACUUUCCCCUGAUUCGCAACCUUGAGAUUCAUACGGGGUAUAACGAAGACCUGAAUGACAGACACAUUCCCUCUCACUGGCCACUCUCUCGACUGCUGAUCAGCUCCGCUUCCGGGACUCUCACUCAAACCCCAUUCAUCCGCCAGGGACGGGUCUCUCAUCUGAUCCUCGACUACACCAGCGGCCUCCGUUUUGAGGGCCCAGACAACCAGGAACUGCAACGUAGACACAAGGAUGCUAUUGCCCGUGGGGAGGCCAAGCCGGAAUACAUAACGGUCCACAAGGGGACUCCUGAAGAGAGAAAGAUCGAGGUUGUCUUCCUUCCCUUGCUAGCCAUGGCCUGGUUGGACGCGAAAUACGGAGGGCCCAACUGCAGCGAGCUCGACCCGGACAACACACCACCGACACAGCACGAGGUCAACCUGCAGACGCUGGAGAUUGUCGAGAACGAUGCUUUGUGCACUUUCGCCCGCAUGACCCUGGCCCUGCCGCAGCUCCACGAACGGUUCUGCGAGUUCCAGAAGACCAACGAGAAGAUGUUUUUGCAAUUCUUACCACAGAUGGGAAACCUGAAGACCUUGCAACUCUCGGUGGGGGAGGUGUUCAGUGAUGAGUCUCAUCUGCUAAGCUUGUACAGGCUGUUCCCGCGGACUCUGACGACAUUGCGCUUGCGCGGACCGGCAAUGCUGACGCAGAGUGAUCGGUGGAAGGAGUGGGAGGAAACUUUUGCAUCGAGAACCUUUCUACCAGAUUUGAAAAGGCUGUCAAUCCAGAUGGAUCUUUGUUAUGAGGAUAGAGAAAGGGAUUCUGCCAGCUGGCCUUUGAAAAGGCGGACUGAGCCACCGGAAGAAAUGCGCCUCGCCGCAGACGCCGCGUGUGAGCGACUCGGCGCCCUGGCUCGCAGUCGAGGGGUCAGUGUAGAGGAAAUGCAAGAUUGGGGGAGACUCCGGGUGUGAGUGGUGAGUUCCGACUCCCGCGGGAAGCAGCAGGAUUCAGGGGCGGUGUUCAACCGCAGGCUCGGUUGUGCUUACAUUGCUUAUUAUGCUGGCGCUGCUUACUGGAAGUGUAAGAUUAGAUGAAGGAAUGAUACCCCACUCUUGAUU